AUGAAAAACAAAUUACAAAUGGCUGCCGUUUUUGUAAUGCGUGAUGCGUGUGCGAAUUAGAAACUUUUAACGGAAUCGUUUACUUGUGUUUUUUUUAAUACUGCGAAAAAUAUUGAUCAUCAUACUGUAGCGCAGGACGAAAAAGGCGUGCAGCUAUGUCGCUGCCGCCGUACCUUCUGGGGCCCAACCCCUGGGCCACCAUGAUGGCGCAGCAGCAGCUGGCGGCGGCGCAGCAGGCGGCACUGCAAGCGCACGCCGCCGCUGCUGCUGUCAUGCCUCCGGUGCCGCCAUCACAACCACCGAAGCCGCACCACAUACCGGAAGAGAAAAUAAAGGAAAAAGCUCAAAAAUGGUUACAAUUACAAUCAAAACGAUUUGCGGAGAAGCGCAAAUUUGGAUUUGUGGAUGCUCAGAAAGAGGACAUGCCACCUGAGCAUAUCAGAAAGAUCAUAAGGGAUCAUGGUGAUAUGACCAGCCGGAAAUACCGUCAUGACAAACGCGUUUAUCUAGGAGCUCUAAAAUACAUGCCACAUGCAGUCAUGAAGCUCCUAGAAAACAUGCCCAUGCCCUGGGAACAGAUCAGGGAUGUAAAGGUUUUAUACCAUAUCACUGGUGCUAUAACAUUUGUAAAUGAGAUUCCAUGGGUUAUUGAACCAGUGUACAUAGCUCAGUGGGGCACUAUGUGGAUUAUGAUGAGAAGAGAAAAACGUGACAGAAGACAUUUCAAGAGAAUGAGAUUUCCUCCAUUUGAUGAUGAGGAACCUCCAUUGGACUAUGCAGAUAAUAUUCUUGAUGUUGAACCAUUAGAACCAAUUCAAAUUGAAUUAGACCCUGAAGAAGAUGCAGCAGUAGCAUCAUGGUUUUAUGAUCACAAACCUCUCAUGGCGACUAGGCAUGUGAAUGGCUCCACAUAUAGAAAGUGGAAUCUGUCUCUACCACAGAUGGCGACGCUGUACCGUCUUGCAAAUCAACUUUUAACAGAUCUGGUGGAUGACAAUUACUUUUACCUUUUUGAUUCAAAAAGUUUCUUCACUGCUAAAGCUUUGAAUAUGGCAAUACCAGGUGGGCCUAAGUUUGAGCCACUGGUCAAAGAUAACUCGGCAGGAGAUGAAGAUUGGAAUGAAUUCAAUGACAUCAAUAAAAUUAUUAUAAGACAACCAAUCAGAACUGAGUACAGGAUUGCAUUCCCAUAUCUCUAUAACAAUUUGCCACAUUUUGUUCAGUUAUCAUGGUAUCACACUCCAAAUGUGGUUUACAUUAAAACGGAAGAUCCAGAUCUACCAGCUUUCUAUUUCGAUCCAUUGAUCAAUCCUAUCUCACAUCGACACUCUGUUAAGUCUUUGGAUCCAGUACCAGACGAAGAUGAAUUUGUACUUCCUGAGGAUGUAUCACCAUUCCUCCAGGAGACUGCUUUGUACACUGAUAAUACUGCUAAUGGAAUUGCUUUGUUAUGGGCACCAAGGCCAUUUAAUAUGAGAUCAGGACGCUCACGUCGUGCUAUCGACGUGCCAUUAGUAAAGACUUGGUACAAGGAGCACUGCCCACCUGGACAACCUGUGAAGGUCAGGGUCUCUUACCAGAAAUUGCUUAAGUACUAUGUACUGAAUGCAUUGAAGCAUAGACCUCCAAAACCACAGAAAAAGAGGUACCUUUUCCGAUCUUUCAAAUCUACAAAGUUCUUCCAAACCACAACAUUGGAUUGGGUGGAAGCAGGCCUACAAGUAUGCCGACAGGGUUACAACAUGUUGAAUCUGUUGAUUCACCGCAAAAAUCUGAACUAUCUUCAUCUUGAUUACAACUUCAACUUGAAACCAGUGAAAACACUCACCACUAAGGAAAGAAAGAAAUCACGAUUUGGAAAUGCGUUCCAUUUAUGUCGUGAGAUCUUACGUCUCACCAAACUGAUAGUGGACUCGCACGUUCAGUACCGUUUGAACAACGUGGACUCAUUCCAACUGGCUGAUGGGCUGCAGUACAUUUUCGCUCAUGUCGGCCAACUCACUGGCAUGUACAGAUACAAGUACAAACUAAUGAGGCAGAUUAGAAUGUGCAAGGAUUUAAAACAUCUCAUCUAUUAUAGAUUUAAUACUGGUCCAGUGUCAAAGGGUCCGGGAUGCGGUUUCUGGGCGCCAGGAUGGCGAGUAUGGUUGUUCUUUAUGCGCGGUAUAACACCUCUGCUAGAACGCUGGCUCGGAAACCUUCUAUCCCGACAAUUCGAGGGAAGACAUUCCAAAGGUGUGGCAAAGACGGUUACGAAGCAGCGCGUCGAGUCUCACUUUGACCUAGAGCUGCGAGCAUCCGUCAUGCACGAUAUCGUGGACAUGAUGCCCGAAGGUAUCAAGCAGAACAAGGCCAGGACUAUUCUGCAACAUUUGUCCGAAGCAUGGAGGUGCUGGAAGGCGAAUAUUCCAUGGAAGGUGCCAGGUCUACCAACACCUAUCGAGAACAUGAUCCUCCGCUACGUAAAGAUGAAGGCGGACUGGUGGACGAACACAGCGCACUACAACCGUGAGCGCAUCCGGCGAGGUGCCACCGUCGACAAGACUGUUUGCAAGAAGAACCUCGGCAGGCUCACGCGUCUCUACCUCAAGGCUGAGCAAGAGCGACAGCAUAACUAUUUGAAGGAUGGGCCCUACAUCUCACCAGAAGAAGCCGUGGCAAUUUACACUACAACAGUCCACUGGCUGGAAUCUCGCCGAUUCGCUCCCAUACCCUUCCCGCCGCUGUCAUACAAGCACGACACGAAGUUAUUGAUCCUUGCGCUGGAAAGACUGAAGGAAGCCUACAGCGUCAAGUCUCGGCUCAACCAGAGCCAAAGAGAGGAAUUGGGACUUAUAGAGCAGGCGUACGAUAAUCCUCACGAAGCACUCUCUAGGAUUAAACGUCAUUUGCUCACACAGAGAACUUUUAGAGAGGUGGGCAUUGAAUUCAUGGACCUGUACUCUCAUCUUGUACCAGUGUAUGACGUAGAACCACUCGAGAAGAUAACAGACGCGUACCUAGACCAAUACUUGUGGUACGAAGCUGACAAGCGUCGGUUGUUGCCGCCCUGGGUCAAACCCGCAGAUACUGAGCCGUCGCCGCUGCUCGUCUACAAAUGGUGUCAAGGUAUAAACAACCUACAAGAGGUGUGGGAGGUUGGUGAAGGGGAGUGCAACGUGCUGCUGGAGUCGCGCUUCGAGAAAUUAUAUGAGAAAAUCGACCUUACGCUACUCAAUCGACUGCUGAGGCUCAUCGUGGACCACAAUAUCGCCGACUACAUGACCGCUAAGAACAACGUUGUCAUCAAUUACAAAGACAUGAACCACACGAACUCGUACGGCAUAAUCCGCGGCCUGCAGUUUGCUUCGUUCAUCGUGCAAUACUACGGCUUGGUACUGGAUUUACUCGUGUUAGGGCUACAACGUGCCAGCGAGAUGGCCGGCCCACCGCAGCUGCCCAAUGACUUCCUGUCUUACCAGGAUAGACAGACAGAGGUCACCCACCCCAUACGACUGUAUUGCAGAUACGUCGACAGAAUUCAUAUAUUCUUCAGAUUUACGGCGGAAGAAGCCCGCGAUCUGAUCCAGCGCUACCUGACUGAGCACCCCGACCCCAACAAUGAGAACAUCGUAGGCUACAACAACAAGAAGUGUUGGCCUCGUGACGCCCGCAUGCGACUCAUGAAACACGACGUCAAUUUGGGUCGUGCAGUGUUUUGGGACAUAAAGAACCGUCUGCCGCGCUCUGUCACCACCAUACAAUGGGAGAACAGUUUCGUUUCAGUGUAUUCGAAAGAUAAUCCAAAUCUUUUGUUCAACAUGGCCGGUUUUGAAUGCAGAAUAUUGCCAAAAUGUCGCAGUCAAAACGAGGAGCUAUCGCACCGCGACGGAGUAUGGAACUUGCAAAACGAAGUGACCAAGGAGCGCACCGCGCAGUGCUAUCUACGAGUAGAUGAUGAGUCGCUCGCACGCUUCCAUAACCGUGUGCGACAGAUACUCAUGGCUUCGGGCUCCACCACCUUCACUAAAAUUGUCAACAAGUGGAACACGGCACUUAUUGGUUUAAUGACAUACUUCCGUGAGGCCGUCGUCAACACCCAAGAGUUAUUGGACUUGUUGGUGAAAUGCGAGAACAAGAUACAAACCCGUAUCAAGAUUGGUCUCAACUCCAAAAUGCCUUCGCGUUUCCCGCCCGUCGUUUUCUACACGCCGAAGGAGUUGGGAGGUCUCGGAAUGUUGUCUAUGGGACAUGUGCUCAUACCACAGUCUGACCUCCGCUGGUCUAAGCAAACCGACGUAGGCAUCACUCACUUCCGCUCUGGUAUGUCGCACGACGAGGACCAGCUGAUUCCCAACUUGUACCGGUACAUCCAGCCUUGGGAAGCCGAGUUUGUUGACUCGCAGCGUGUGUGGGCAGAGUACGCUCUUAAGAGACAGGAAGCCAAUGCACAAAACAGGCGUCUAACACUCGAAGAUCUUGAAGAUUCUUGGGAUAGAGGCAUUCCAAGGAUCAACACACUGUUCCAGAAAGAUCGACACACCCUCGCUUAUGACAAAGGCUGGCGUAUACGUACAGAGUUCAAACAGUAUCAGGUGUUGAAACAGAAUCCAUUCUGGUGGACUCACCAGCGCCACGACGGCAAGUUGUGGAACUUAAACAACUACCGCACUGACAUGAUUCAGGCGCUCGGCGGAGUCGAGGGAAUACUUGAACAUACCCUUUUCAAGGGCACUUACUUCCCCACAUGGGAAGGUUUGUUCUGGGAGAAAGCCUCAGGAUUUGAAGAAUCAAUGAAAUACAAAAAGUUGACAAAUGCCCAACGAUCUGGUUUGAACCAAAUUCCAAACCGUCGCUUCACACUAUGGUGGUCACCUACUAUAAACAGAGCCAACGUGUACGUCGGUUUCCAGGUGCAACUGGAUCUGACGGGCAUUUUCAUGCACGGCAAAAUUCCGACAUUGAAAAUCUCGCUCAUUCAAAUAUUCAGAGCUCACUUGUGGCAGAAAGUGCACGAGUCAAUCGUCAUGGAUUUGUGUCAGGUGUUUGACCAAGAACUGGACGCGCUAGAAAUCGAAACAGUGCAGAAAGAAACAAUUCAUCCUCGAAAAUCGUAUAAGAUGAAUUCAUCUUGCGCGGAUAUCCUUCUCUUCUCUGCAUACAAGUGGAAUGUGUCCCGACCAUCGCUGCUAGCCGAUUCCAAAGAUACCAUGGACAACACAACGACGCAGAAGUACUGGCUGGACAUCCAGCUGCGAUGGGGCGACUACGACUCGCACGACGUGGAGCGGUACGCGCGUGCCAAGUUCCUCGACUACACCACCGACAACAUGUCCAUAUAUCCCUCUCCCACAGGCCUUCUCAUCGCCAUCGACCUCGCAUACAAUCUGCACAGCGCGUACGGCAACUGGUUCCCGGGCUGCAAGCCGUUGAUUCAACAAGCGAUGGCCAAGAUAAUGAAGGCCAAUCCUGCGCUGUACGUGCUGCGCGAGCGUAUCCGCAAGGCGCUACAGCUCUACUCCUCAGAGCCCACAGAGCCCUAUCUCUCCAGUCAGAACUACGGAGAGCUGUUCUCUAAUCAGAUCAUUUGGUUCGUAGAUGACACAAAUGUGUACAGAGUGACAAUACACAAGACAUUUGAAGGUAACUUAACAACCAAACCCAUCAAUGGUGCCAUCUUUAUCUUCAACCCGCGCACAGGACAGCUGUUCCUCAAGAUCAUUCACACCAGUGUGUGGGCCGGACAGAAACGUUUGGGACAGCUCGCUAAAUGGAAAACAGCAGAAGAAGUCGCAGCGUUGAUUCGGUCCCUGCCGGUUGAAGAACAGCCGAAACAAAUUAUUGUCACCAGAAAGGGAAUGUUGGAUCCUUUGGAGGUCCACUUGCUCGACUUCCCGAACAUUGUGAUCAAGGGCUCAGAGCUGCAGCUGCCAUUCCAGGCCUGCCUCAAGGUGGAGAAAUUCGGCGACUUGAUCCUGAAAGCUACAGAACCACAGAUGGUUCUCUUCAACCUUUACGACGAUUGGCUAAAGACAAUCUCAUCAUAUACUGCGUUCAGUCGUCUGAUCCUGAUCUUGCGCGCGCUGCAUGUGAACACGGAGCGCACCAAGGUGCUGCUGAAGCCGGACAAGACGACUCUCACUGAGCCCCACCAUAUCUGGCCCACGCUCACCGAUGACGACUGGAUCAAAGUCGAGGUGCAGCUCAAGGACUUAAUACUCGCUGAUUACGGCAAGAAGAACAACGUGAACGUAGCCUCACUUACGCAAUCCGAGAUCCGUGACAUAAUCCUUGGUAUGGAGAUAUCGGCCCCAUCAGCACAGCGGCAGCAGAUCGCGGAGAUAGAGAAGCAGAGCAAGGAGCAGAGCCAGCUUACCGCCACCACCACGCGUACCGUCAAUAAACACGGCGACGAGAUCAUUACUUCCACUACCAGCAAUUAUGAGUCGCAGACCUUUAGUUCAAAAACGGAAUGGCGCGUCCGUGCGAUAUCAGCGACGAACUUACAUCUGCGUACAAAUCACAUCUAUGUCAGUUCUGACGACAUCAAAGAAAGCGGCUACACAUACAUUUUGCCAAAAAAUCUGCUCAAGAAGUUUGUCACAAUAUCAGAUUUACGGGCACAGAUCGCGUGCUACCUGUACGGCUCGUCGCCACCGGACAACCCGAUGGUGCGUGAGGUGCAGUGCGCGGUGGUUCCUCCGCAGUGGGGAACGCAUCAGCAGGUGCACUUGCCACGCCAGCUGCCACGUCACCCCGCGCUCGCGCACUUGCAGCCGCUCGGCUGGAUGCACACGCAGCCUAACGAGCUGCCGCAGCUAUCUCCACAGGAUAUAACUACACAUGCCAAAAUAAUGGCAGAGAAUCCAACGUGGGAUGGAGAGAAGACGAUAAUAAUAACUUGUUCGUUCACGCCGGGCUCGUGCUCGCUGACCGCGUAUAAGUUGACGCCGAGUGGGUACGAAUGGGGCGCCAAGAAUACGGACCGCGGCAACAACCCUAAGGGCUACCUUCCCAGUCACUACGAACGUGUGCAGAUGCUGCUCUCUGAUCGCUUCCUCGGUUACUUUAUGGUGCCUUCGCAGGGUAGCUGGAACUACAACUUUAUGGGUGUCCGGCAUGAUCCGAACAUGAAAUACGGUGUACAGCUGGGCAAUCCGCGAGAGUUCUACCAUGAAGUGCACCGGCCGGCUCACUUCAUGAACUUCGCCGCAAUGGAGGAUGCCACAGCGCCGAUGCUCGCUGCCGACAGAGAAGACCUCUUCGCAUAGAAAUAAUUAAUAUUAAGAAUUGGAAUUUGAAUUGAAAAACUGUUUAUUAUAAGCUUAAUUUUAAAUA